CACAGCGUACAAUCCAUCACAUCCAACUUUUUACCGAAAUACUUUAUUGAUUGUAUUGACCGUUGCUCAUGGUCGUCAGCUAGUUUGUUCGUAGACAGUCGUAGUAAUCCAUCUUAGUCGAAUUAUCUGAAUUCAUAUUCAGAUGUGCUUAUCAUCUUCCGGAUGGAAAUACUAUAUGGAAUAUUAUUUUAUUUAAUCAACAUUCCUAUGUUGUUUUUAUAGUAUGCGGAAUAUUUAAUACAAGUUCAAGCUGGGGAAUUAUACACUUGUAAAUGGAAAGAACCUAUUCAUGUUAUUGCUAUCAUUAUCGCUAUCACUAUCACUAUCAUCAUCAUUAUUAUUGCAAUUUUUUUUCAACGAUUUGGAAGUUAUUAAUCGGAUUUAAUGUUUCUAUCUAAUUGUAAUUUUACAAAAUCAUUUUUGUGGGAAUGGCGUAAUCAUCAACGGAAUAAUGUACCGGUCAAUUCAAGGAAAUACUAUUUGUAUAUAUUUAUCUUAUUCACUUUAGUACUUUUGACUAGUUUUUCUUUGAUAACCUAUACACAGUCUGUUACACCGAAAGAGAAUUCUUCAGGUGAAUGGAAUAAUUACAACUUUGAUUCCUGUUCUUCUGAAUUAUGUAAAAUAAGUAGAGUCAAUCAGUCUGUACAUUCUGAAUCAAAUCAGAACAACGAUGAUGUCGUAGUAUAUGAUGAAGUUACUAGUACACCUUAUUAUAAACAUAUCCCUUCUAGUUAUACUGCUCCACCAUUACUCAGGAAUAAACGCCUAAGUGAUACGCAUUCACCGCCUCAUAUUAUACCAGAUUUACCAAGUUUACUACAAUUUUUUGAUCGUACUGGCCUUCAAGUGUUGUGUCGUGCUGCAGGUAAUCCAACACCACAAAUUCGAUGGUUUUCAUUGCCAACAAAUGGUCGACCGACAACUGCUAGUCUGGAUAGUUUAUUUUCGAGUAAUUCAGGAGGCGGUGGUGGUGGUUCAUCGUCACCGUCUUCAUCGUCGUCGUCUUCAACAUCUUCAGGAUAUGCAGAUCAUAGAACAAUUGAUUUUCAAAAUGAUGAAAAUUAUAUCAGUGAACUUGGAUUUAGUAGUCGUGUCAGAGAAACUCCUCAAGCUGAUCAAGGUAUAUCUUCAUCGGGUCAACAGAUGAAUGGAAAUACUGGUGUCAGCAAUGGUGUUAGCAAUACUAAUACUAAUAAUAAUAAUAACAACGAUAAUAUCAAACAGAAUUCACACAGUCAAGUUGUUGUCGGUAAUGGUUGGCUAAACUUUACAGCUACACGUUCCUCGACAAUGCGAAUGGUAUUUUUUUGUCAAGCUGAAAAUUAUCUUGGUCAAGCCAGGUCACGUAAAAUGGUUGUUCAUCAAGUUCCUAUGCCAGAUGAAAAUUUGAAGAUUAUCUAUAACACUUUCCCGAUUAAACCAAGGCAAAAAGCUGUGGUCAGUUGUCAACCUGAACAGGGUAUAUUUAAUCGUUUCUUGAAAGUGAAAUACUGGGAAGUGUAUUUAAAUGGUACACUGACAUCAACAAUUGCUCAGUCGUACAGUUUUUAUUCACUGUAUUUGUCUCUCUGUCUUUUUAAAAAAAACUCUAUUGAUACCUUAUUCUUGGGUAGUACAGUUGAAUUACCAUGGGCUGUAGAAGGUGAAGGACGUACACAAGUCGAUUGGUAUUAUUUAAAUGAUGCUAGUCGUGUACGCCAAGCAAUAGCACUGGACUCAUCCACAGGUGUCCAGUCAAGUCAAGAUGCGAAUCGACGUCGUAGUUCAAAUGAGCUACCUUGGGGUACAAAAUAUGAAUUAGUUGAUGGUACAUACGGGAAUUUACGAUUGAUUAAUUUAUCCGUUACGGAUUCUGGUCAUUAUAUUGCUGAAUCAGCACAUUUAGGUCGGUCAUUACGAAUUAAGUAUACUAUACGUGUUAGAGCACCUUUGGGUGUCAAGAUAACACCAAGUCGUAGAACUGUUGAUUGGGGUAGUCGAGUUGAAUUAACCUGUGAGGUAACUGGACAUCCACGUCAAUUAGUCUACUGGCUGCACAAUUCACGUCUAGUACCAAGACGUCAUCAUGUGCGUCAUAUACCAGCAGCAUCAAUGAAUUCAGGUUAUUCUGGUAUGGAUAAUAAUAAUAAUAAUGGUCGAUCGAAUUCAAUUGCUGAACGAUUGAUUAUCGAAGCAUUCAGUCUUGAUGAUAUUGGUGUAUAUCAGUGUAUUGCUGAAAAUGGUCAUCCAGCGGAUCGAUUAAGUCUAAGCAUGAAUACACAUCAAUCGUCGUCCUCGGAUUCAAUGUUCUCAUCAUAUCACAGCAGCAGCGCAUCGCCUACAUCAAAUUCAUCAUCAUUUCCAUAUUCUUCUUCGUCUUUGUCUGGUUCACCAUUAAUGCCGACAACAACAACAACGUCAACACUUAGUACACAAAAGGCGAAUGCUAAUCACCUCUCUGAAAAUGAGUUAACAGGUCAGGCUAAUUCAUUUUCAAGCCUUGAAAGUGUUGGCGACCUGGUCGAUAAUGCUCAAGCUACUGCGCUUCUAAUGAUGGGUAAAAUGCGUCCAUCGUUAACAUGGCAAAAUCCAGCUGUUGAAUUGGGAUCAUUCGCUGCACAAGUACUCUUAUCUCUACAUAUGGGUUCAACAGACGCAUUGUUAGAGUGUCGAUUUGCUGCUAAUCCUCCACCGAAUAUUGUAUGGUAUCGAGAUGACCAACCGAUAUCUUUAGACGAUUCUGGUGUUCUCUCUGCUCAAGUUAUGUCUGAUGAGGGCACGGCUUGCACGACAAUCACUCGUCUCACAAUUAAUAUUCGUAAGUUACAAAAUUUAGAUGAUAUGUGGACAUUUGGUGGAGAAUAUCGUGCAGUAGCUGAAAAUGCAUACGGUCAAGCAGAUUGUCGUACUUACGUGUUAAUGGAUACACCACUUCGAUUAAGACCAAUCGAUAUUGGUAAACCGGCUAUAGCUGGUCGAGCGUAUACUCUGAAAUGUUAUUUCAUUGGUAGUGGAAUACCAACGCUUCAAUGGCAUCGUAUAAAAAAUGGUCGUGAUGUUCGUCGUAUACCUGUCGACCAUCGACAUCAGCUGCUGGAGAAUGCUCGUGUACUACGGAUAACAGAAGUUAACCAAGAAGAAGAUGAAGCGAAUUAUCGAUGUACUGCUACCCUGGGAGAUAUGAUAGCCAAUAUGACUGUAUCACUAAAAGUAUCUCAUGCACCUCGUCUGUUUGAAUUGCCACAAACACGGCAGGUGAAAGAUGGACGUGAUAUGUUAUCGUAUAGUUGUGCUUUACAGAAUAGAGCUGAUAAACCAUGGUAUGCAUGGUGGGAAUUUCAACGUGAAGGAACAAAUGCAAUUGUACCGUUACCACCGUUUAAAAAAAGCGCAUAUGAUGGUUUUUCAGUUUCUUAUGUUGUCUCAGAAAAUGAAGCUACACCAUGGCGUCUUCCAGAUAGUUUACGUGAACGUGUACCAUCAUUUGUGCAUACUGAACCGAAUUCAGCUGUCCACGUGAGUGUCAAUGAACUGCGCAAAGAUCAACAUCAUGGGAAUUUAACAUGUGUGGUUGUCAAUGAAGUUGGCAUUGAUAGACAAUCAAUACGUGUAACUUUUAUACCUGAAUUGGAAUUUGCAAUCAGGCCACCGAAUAAUCAGGAUGUUACUCUUGGCCAGACUAUUUCAAUUGAUUGUGCUGCUAAACCGUCAGAUCUACAACCUGUGGUGGAAUGGAAAUAUUUACAAAAAACCACUGGGUCGUAUGUCAGUGUGACUCAGUUAUCUGAAGCUACAAAUGGUCGUAUUGGUCAAUUAGCCAAUGGUACUUUAUUAUUAUCCAGUGUUGAUGAAUCAGAUCCAAGAGAAUUUUUGUGUUUUUUAAAACCGGGACGUUUAUCAACUGCAGCACAACGUAGUUCAGCUGUCAACCUUGAAGUACACGUACCAGCACGUAUAGAUCCAUUAGAAGGUGUUGAAAAAGUUCGUGGUUCACGAUUCAAUCUCACCUGUAGUGUAUACGGUGAUCCAGAUGACUUGAAAGCUUCAUGGUAUUAUCGUUUAUCGCCGAAAUCACGUUGGCAAAUUAUUGAUAAACCAUGUGUUGUCCCACUGGCUUACGUUGAUGAAAGUCGAUCAGCUUUACUUCUUCGCGGUGGAGAUGAUGAUACACUGGAUGCUUUUCGAUUAACUGAUGAUGUCAUGUCCACUGAAGAUCGAGAUAUGAUAUUAUCUGAUCAAAUUGGCAAGAUGGUGACAGCUUCAUCAGAAGGUGGGAGCAGUAGUGCUAUUAGCGGCAGCGGCAGCGGCAGCAAAGAUUGGAAUCCAAGUUUAGCUGAUUGUCAAAGUUAUGCUACUGAAGGCUUAGAAAGUGGAAUACUAUUUCGUCAGGUAUCAUUUUUUAAGCCAAAUAAGCGUGGAUUAGAAAAACAGCUGCAAUUUUUAAAUCUUAAAGAAGUUCAUAUGGGUGAAUACUUGUGUAAAGCAUCAAAUAAAUAUAAUCGUGAUUCACAAGGACAACCAGUAGAAGUUGAAGCAUUUGUACGAUUAACUGUUAUAUCUGUUCCUGAUUCCGUUCAAUUUGUAUAUAAUAGUUCCCGAACAACAGCUACAAGUGUUUCUUUUUCAUGGCUGCCUCCAUUACGGGAUGGAAAUAAACCAGUACGUCAAUAUCGUAUACGUUAUUCACACUCAGAACCAAGUGCCAAUGGACCAAUAUCCUCCACAAAACAGCCUAAUGUCACAGAGAUCGAUGUCCCUGCGAAUCAGCAUCGUAUUGAAUUGAAUAAUCUUCGACCAUAUACAAAAUAUCAUAUCACUGUAGCAGCAAUCAAUGAUGUCGGUUCAAGUGUAGAGAAUGCUUUAGCGCUGACUACUCAAGAAGCUAAACCGGAUGGUCCAGUUCAACGUCUUAUAGCCAAUGGUACAGCAUCGGAUACAAUUGUAGUUAGCUGGGAUAAUCCUGCACCAGAGCAUUUAAAUGGUAAUGUUGACCGGUAUUGGAUUUGUCGACAACGUAUAAAAGAUAGUCUAUCAGCUGAAGAGUUAACUGAACUCCCAUGGCCUGAAGAUCAAACUGAUGAGCAUAGUACAUCGAUGCGUGGUCGUUAUAGUCGUGUACAUUGUAAUAUGGUUAUUCGACAAAUGGAUCAUGAAAUUACUGGUCUACCAAAAUUUACAGCUUAUGCAUUUCGUGUCAUUGCAAUGAAUAGUAAAGGCCCGUCACCACCAGCGUAUACACAGACAAGAACAUUGGAAGACUUACCACAAGCUCCUCCAGCAGAUGUGACAUGUGCAUCUCAACAGCAUAGUAUCACUGUGUCAUGGAAUCCUCCAAAUCCAGAUACUAUCAAUGGUAUUUUAACAGAAUAUCAUGUUAGUUAUUUUGCUGCUAAUGAAUAUGGAGAUGAAACAAGUUCAGUGAAUCAAGCCGUAAAAGGUCAGACAACUGUCACGUUAGCUGGUCUCUUAGCCUAUACCAAUUAUACAAUUCAAGUUGCUGUCAGUAAUCGUAAAGGUCGGGGACCUGCAUCGCCUAGAAUUAUCUGUUUGACAAAAGAAGCUCCUCCAGGCGCUCCAGAAUUUAUCAAAGUUAAACCAAUGAAUUCAUCGUGUAUUGUUGUAUCAUGGUCACAUCCACGUAAACCACAAGGUCAAAUAAAAAGUUAUUGUCUAGAGGCGAUCCCAUUACUGGAUACAUCACAAGAUGGUCUUGUCACUCUCUUCCCCUAUCCAAUCGCUUAUAAUGAUCGUACAAAAGGACCGUGUAUACGACCAGAUUUUUCAAGUUCUUAUAAUUACUACUUUUAUUGUGGUUUGGUUGAAGAACGACCAUAUAAUAUUUCAGUUCGUGGGACUAAUCAAUUCGAUGGUCAUAAAGCAUGGGCUGGACCUGUGCGUCCAACUAGCAAUCCUCCAGUUGGAAUUAUUUCUAUUGGUGAAAAGAUAGUAGCACAGAAUAAAAUGCGUGUUUGGAUGGAUUGUUUAGUUAUUGGCGGGUAUCAACCACCGCAUUGGAUAUAUCCACAAGAUGAUCUUGAUGAUUUACAUAUUCUCGACAAUGGAACAUUGACUGUAGAAUCUGCUCGUGUUGCUCACAGUGGACAUUAUAAGUGUUCAGCUGAUUCAGAUAGUAUAACAUACGAUUUACUUGUUCAAGAUUCACUAGUUUGUUUGGAAAAAACUUCAGAUAAACUUCCUACAAGUUAUCUCUCUCUUUAG